AUGUCUUCACAGAAUGCCAACCAGGCUCUUGCUCCUGGACCAGACUCAAAGCCCCCAAGUGGAAGACACCCACUACCACGUGGUAAAAAAGCAACUACUGCCUGCGAGGCGUGUCAGAAGCGAAAGUCAAAAUGUGUCGGAGGCAAUCCUUGCGCGCCUUGCCAGAAAGCAAACACAGAGUGUAAGGUCAAUACCGAAAAUGAUGGCCGGCGACGAAUUACUUUGAAACGCAAGAUUGAGUCAUUAGAAUUGGAUCGCGAUCUGCUGGUGCGACUCGUCGAGGCUAUUCGCAACAAUGAUGACGAACAGGCCCCCGACGUGCUCAAUCUGAUUCGCAGUAACGCGCCUCUAGACGAGAUUCGGCUAUGCCUGGCUGACGCCCAGAGUCCCAGCGAUGCAUACAAUGCUCGAGUCUCAGUGCCGAAAACCUCCCCGCAAAGGUAUAUGGAUGUAAACAGACUUGCAGAUAUACCUUUAUUUGAGGUACCUGCAAAGCCAUGGACGACGGUUACAGCAGAUGAUGCCUUUGUCUCGCAUCUCAUUUCGCUGUAUUUUACAUGGCAACACUCGAUCUUGAACUGGCUCGAUCGUGACUUGUUUCUUGCUGAUAUGAAAUCUGGUAAUCUGGAGUCCCGAUUUUGUUCGCCGUUGCUGGUCAACAGUAUGCUAGCCGUGGCUUGUAUCUACUCAGACUACCCCGAAGCAUUCGCUAUACCAGGCGACCCUCGAUCGCGCGGAGACCAUUUCCUCCAGGAGGCAAUGGCCCUGAUGAAGAAAGAGGAAGGCCGACUACCGCUGACCACUCUGAUCGCCUGGGGAGAAAUAUACACCAGUGCUUGUGUGACAGGCAAAGACAGACUUGGUUGGCAGUAUCUCGUGGAGAUAUCAGACUGUGUCCGUCAGAUUCUGCAGAAACGACAGAAGAUGAUCGCAGAAGCCAACGAGCAGGGCGAGCAAAUGGCAAGAGCGAUCGACACGGCAGUCUAUGGUUUGUUCAGCUUGAACCCGAUUGCCACCCUAAGUUUCCAAAAACGAUCAAUCAUCAAGAGACCAAGCGAACUUGCAAGGUUCCCCGAAACCCAUGAUCCAAAUGAUACUUGGAUCCCUUACCCUCGUCAGGCUGAGCCUGUCCCAGCCCAUACCAACUGUAUUCUCAACGCACAAUUCGAACAGUCACUGAUCAUGUGGGAGAUAUCUGACUACCUGUUUGGCGACGAAAAGCCCGACAACAUUGACCUGGAGAAGAUUGAUUCCUUCCAUAGCCGUCUCGAACAGUGUGCAGCAAAACUACCUGAAUGUAUCCGUUUAGGCAACACGCCGACGCCCGGUGCCAUGGAGCUGCACAUGCGAUACUACAUGGCAAUCUUGAUCAUGUUAGGAUUCAUCGUGCCAAUAGUGAAAGAGCGCGACCUGGCCAUCCAAGAGCGAAUCAAGAGACUGCGAAUGUCUUCAGCUCACAACAUCGGCACGAUCUUGAACCGACUACGUUCCAAUUGGCCAAUUGAGUGCAUACCAAUGGCGACCAUGCAAUACGCUACCAUCUCACUAUUCACACUGCUCGACGAUAUGGAAGACGAACGCAACAAGGCCGUUUUCGUGGAGAUCUUGAUCCCUCUUCGUGCACUUGCUCGCCGCUGGCAGUUCGCGAAAGGAAUGCUUCGACUUGUACAGCUUACAGCCAUCAAGCAGGGGGUGCCACUUCCCAGAGACACAAUGGUUCUCUUGAAAGAUUUCGAAGAUGAGCUUUGGAAGACAGGGGAUCGGGAGCGGUUCAGCAGUCUUUAUCCGAACUUUGCUCUCUCUGUCAGCCAGAGGGGUGCAACUGAUGAUGUUGAUGAGGUUGAAUUGGAUCGAUUCCUUGAUGAGUGGGAUAGCCUCAGCUUGACUGAAAGGCCGGGAAAUAAUGGCCACGUCGGGAUCAAAGUGGGGGCCAAGUAG